UUACUGAUGUUCAUGCGGAAAUAGAGAGAGUGAAUGAGACGCAGGGAAGGGGCAGCAUACCUCACAACUGUAGUACAUGGAUAUCUGGGGUGAAAACAAGGAGAAGAAUAUAGGAGGGACUGUGAAGAGAGAGAGAUAGAGAGCAGGGGAAGGUGCUAGUCAUAGAUGAGGGUCAUUAGACUAAUCAGGGAUGAAGAGAAAGAGCACAGAUAUAAAAACAGACUCCGUAGGAUCAGGAACUAACACCCUCACGCUUGCGCUGUGAUACAUGUGAUUAACUGCUGCAGAUUGUUGAUCUCAUUUGUAUAUUGAUAUCAAGCAACAGAGAAACCCAGUGGUAAGUGCUUUAGAUGGGAAAGAAAGAGUGAGUGAGACACUAUUUCCUUCCGCAACUUCCUGAGAGUUUUCAGCGUUGGACAAUGACUACUGCACCUGGAGAACUGGACGAGCUGUGCUAUCUCACAGCUCAGUCUAUGACAUCACUGGUGACAUCAGAGCAUUUCAAAAUCAUCAAAAAGCUGGGCGAAGGGUCAUACGGCAAAGUGAUGCUGGCCGUGCAUAAGAAAAGAGGAACGGCAAUGGCGCUAAAGUUCUUCCCUCGCCGCUCUACCAGUGUCCAAGCUUUCCUGCGUGAAUACAAUCUCUCCCUCUCUUUUUGCACACAUCCCUCUCUGACACGGGCUUUGGGAAUCUUCUUCUCAACGCCUGGUCACUAUGUCUUCGCCCAGCAGGCUGGUCUUUAUGGUGACCUGUAUAAUGUCAUCGUGUCUGAGGAGGGGGUGGUGAGCGAGGAGUGCACCCAGCGUGUGAUGUCCCAGUUGAGCGGUGCUGUGUCACAUCUCCACUCUCUUGGCUUCGUUCACCGUGACAUAAAACCGGAGAACGUGUUCCUGUGUGACCGAGCUUGUCGGUGGGUCAAACUGGGCGACUUCGGCCUGGCCAGGCCGCAGGGGACCCAGGUCCGAGCCGUGUGGUACAACUCUCCUUUCUGUGUCCCCGAGGUGGAGAAUGCUAAGAGAAUCAUUGAGGCAGAGGAGGAAGAUGAGGUAGAAGAUAUCUGGAUGUCAGUGGAGCCCUGUUUAGAUAGUUGGGCUUUGGGAAUUCUUAUAUUCUGCCUGCUGACUGGCUGAUUCCCGUGGGAAGAGAGCACUUCGGAUGACCUAUCCUACUGCGCGUACAGAAACUGGUUUAACAAAAUCAAACAGAGAGAGGAAGUAUCACAAAAUUGUGAAAAGCAUGGAGACACUGUGGGUGAGGAGGCUGAAAUAGAGGUGGCCUCACAGUUUGACUCUUUAAGCUCACUGGUCCUCACCCUACUGAGGCAACUGCUGCACCCGCUGCCCUGGCUCCGUGCUGGGCCUGAUGAGAUCCUGUCCUACCUUGGAGGACCUUGGUUGCUGAAAACAGAGAAAGAGGAGAUGAGGAGAGAACGGGAGGCACGAGAGGAGGCCAAGAAGAUGCGGGAAAGAGGAGGGGUGGGGAAGGAAAAAGAAAUAUUGGGAAGGAGGGAGAGAUAAAGUUAAUGUACAAUAAUUAUUAUAAACAGAUGUACUUUAUAUUCAAGAGUUUUUAUAUGGUGUUUAUAUUUUGGAUAAUGUAAUGUAUAGAAGUUUUGUACAUGAGUUGGUAUUUUUGGAACAGAAAAGGAAAAUAUAAGAGAUGCAUUGAUAUAUCGGCCAAUAACUGGUGUCGGUUGAUGCAUUUUUCACACUAUUGGCUGGCUGAUAUAUCAGAUAUAUCCUGUCAGUCCGAAGAGGAUGGGAAAACGCAAUGAAUUUGAACUUUGUAUAUAGAAAAUGUUAAGAAACAUCACCAGUUGGAUGUUCAGAAUUAAUAGUCAUUAUAUGAAUUAAUAACAUUCAGAAAUUUAAGAAGUAUUAAUUUAAUCUUCAGAAUCUGUAUCGGCAGAAAUCACUAUGAAUAAUCGGUAUUGGUAAAGAAAUUUAGUAUUGGUGCACCUCUAGAAAAUAAUAAAAGACCAUAUAGUUCAACCAUAGUAACCACAAAUAACACAUAUUUUAAGCAUGGUAUGUGUUAUACUAAUGACAAUCAUUUUUUUCUGUAAGGGAAGAUAUUUCUACAGUGGCCAAAGAUAUUUUAAGCUACAUUUAGAUAUUAAGCCACAUUUAUGUCAUUGCAAUAGAUAUCAACAUAUCAAAGUUUUUAAUAGAAGAAAAGUAUUUGCUAAUUUUAGAAAGAAAAGCUCUGUAGUUCUGAGAACUAGAAAUUUGUUUGCAAAAGCCUUUAAGUGUUGCAAUUUUUCUCAGGUAAAUGAGGAAGUGUACCCUACAUAAAUGUGCACAUAAAGUGGGUGGAAUACACAAAUACUCUUUUUCGCUGUAUAUGUCGUUUUAUAUGUUGAAAUAAACUUGUUAC